AUGGUCUCGAGUAGACCUUCUCCCUCCCCAGCGCGCGGCCGCGUUCCCUAUCCAUCUGCCGACACUUACAUACCUGGAGACGACAAGGUCCAGGAGCAACCCGAAGCACCAGAAUCGUCGACCAAAGAACUGAUCAUGGAGCGCAAGACGAGUCGCGAAAUGACGGAGCGAGAACAGAGUUCAUUGAGUUUGCGCAACUGGUGGAAGACUUUUAAAACAAGCAGCGAACCCGUCCCAGAGCGCAGUUUCCGCCGCGCGCCACAGACGAUGAACACUCGGCGUGUCUUUGGCGUGUCGCUGUCCCGCGUCCUCACCUAUGCGGCGAUGCAGAUCUCGACAAGCGCCCCUGACGGUUCACUUUACGUGUGGGGCGAGGUGCCCAUCAUCGUCGGGCGCUGCGGGGCUUACUUGAAGAACAAGACGGACAUUGAGGGCGUCUUCCGCGUCUCGGGGUCAGCCAAGCGCAUGCGCGAGUUGCAACUUCGAUUCGACGAGGGGCCCAAGUACGGCAUAGACCUCAACUGGGAGACAUCGCCAUACACGCCGCACGACGUCGCCACCAUUCUCCGGCGCUAUCUUACACAAAUGACUGAGCCCGUCAUCCCAUGGGGCUACUAUAAUGCGUUCCGUGCCAUCCAGGUGUCGGACCAUCCACCAGAGCAAAGGGUACGCGAAUACAAGCGGCUCGUUCGCGAAAUGCCUCGUGAGAACCAAUAUCUUCUCCUCUACCUCCUCGACCUCUUGGGCAUCUUUGCGCGUGACUCGGACAAGAAUCUCAUGACGGCAGCCAAUCUCGCCGUCAUCUUUCAGCCAGGGCUGCUGUCGCACCCAGGGCACGACAUGCGCCCUGCCGAGAGUGUCAUAUCAAAAGACGUCGUCCAGUUCCUGAUCGAGAAUCAGGCUCACUUUGUCUUUGGCAUGUCGAAACGCAUGUCCCAUGCGCAUGCCUCGCGCCGCUCAAAGUCUGCUGCCGCCGAGAGCUCGAGCAAGGCCGUCCAGCGGCCACCACCGAUCCGUGCGGACACUGAUUUUAUGCUGCCAUCAGACUCGGAUGACGACGCACCCCCUGGCGGAUACUACAUAAUAGAGCGCGCGACGUCUCCACACCGCGCAACAUCGCCUUUCCCACAAUCUCCCGAACCCACUGCAUCCGGUGUCCCUACCGUGGACGUGAUGCAGCCGUCCGACUCUGACGAUGACGCCCCGGCUGGCGGAUAUGUCAUGUUCGAGAAUAGACCCGGGAUGCUUAGAACCUCAGUAAUGGGCCGCGCGCACUCGGCAGCAGGUUCGACUACG